AUGGGCUCCUCCACAUCGCAGGGCACUGGGGUCCCCCACCGUGAGGACACAGCAGGCAGGGGCUCGCAGCGCCUGCCCGCAGAGCGAGGGUCUGGGGCAGCGAGCCGGGCGGGAGAUGUGGGCCCUGCCCCGCUGGGCAGGCUGCAGGCCCUGGUGGUGUCGGCCUCCGCCUGCCUGCACGGCUUCUCACCGCAGCCUCAUGGUCUGGGUCUUCAGGGGCCUAAGAACGAAAAGGCUCCGCACACGCUGCCCUCCAGGCUGCACUGGAAUCUGAAUCCGUUAGCAUCUCUGGGCGCAGGAGAUCAGAGACGGCUGGAGGGGGAGGACUUCAUGAACCUUGGAGCUGACUCGGCAUCAGCCAUGGACUCAAAGGGACCCGAGGUGCAUGAGAAACCCCUGAACACGCCGGGCCUGCACUGCGUUCCAUGGGCAGAAGUCAGAGGGAAGAACAGAGACGUGCGCGUCCCCGGGCUCAUGUUCUUGGAGCUGCUCGCGCCCCACUCCAGAGCGGAGGGGCUGCUGUUGAAGCCCUCAUGCCAGGACCCACCGUGGGUGUGCACCUUCUCCCCACUUUCUAGAAUAUUCCAGGGCCAGAAUAGAAGCGACCUCUCUCAGCGCAGCAGCAUCAGGACCCCGGUGAGGCACCCGGGGGAGCUCGGGGUACAGACUCAGGGCCGCGUCGGACAGAAAUGCAUCUGUCCGAAGAGUGUCAACGUGGAGAAACAGAGCAAAAGAAAGCAUCCUGUCUCUGACCCCUCCCCUCCACUGACCCUGCCCAUCCCAGGCGGCCGGCUCUGUGGCCCUGUCUCCAUCUCCGAGGAGGGAGCCCCGCUCGCUGCCCAGGGGCCCAGGAGCAGCGCCACCGAGACCAGGAAGGAGCUCAGCCGCACCAGCCCCGGGGACCCACUGCUGCUGCACAUCACCCUGGCCGCCUCCCACCACGUCCAGGGGCUCUCUGCCCCUCGGAGCGGGCAGGACCUGUCCACCCACCUGCUGGCGGGGGCCCUCUCCCGCAGCAGUCUAGUCCACACGGACGUCUGA